AAAUAGCACAAUUAUAUCAUGAUUCAUAACCAAAAAUAUUUUUUAAGAAAACAAAUCUAAUCAACUCGGUGUCGCUGAGAGGUGUAAAAGUUCUGAAAUUCUAUCUUUAAGGGAAUAUUAGUGAUUUUGGAAUUAUUUGUAGAAUUUAUACAUCAUUAUGGCUGGUCCUCCAACAUUUAUUGAAUUAUCUCGCGAAGAACAGGCUGUGGAAUUAAGAUCAUAUUUACGUAGUAUUGGUGCCACUUUACAAGAAAAAAAUCCUGAAAAUAUUGAUGAUGAUAUGCAAGAAAUUAUAUCUAAAUGUGAUGUUUGUUUAAAAUCAGAUUUGUCUGAUGCUGAUAUUGAAAGUUUUCUAUGUUCAAUUGUUUCUGUAAUUAUUGGUAUUGGUACAUUGGAAAUAGAGAGUAAAUUAGUUACUUUAUUCAGUCAAAAAUUAUCAAAAUCUGAUGAAGAACGAUACAGUGUUACUAUUUUAAAAACUUUAUGGUUACUGUAUGGAACUGUUGAUCCAAAAUUACCAGCUCGUUUUCAAUUGUACACUGAUAUAAUUGAAGUUGCUAAACGGACUAAACAACUUUUAUUAGUUUAUGAAGGAAUUGACAAAUUAAAUAAAUCACUUCUUUCUAUAACCCAUACAAAAAAGCAAAAGCAAACUCUUCUUAGGCAAUUGCAUAGUGCUUUAAUAGAAAAUAGUCACAGUGAAUUGGCAGCAGAAGUUAUGGUUGAACUUCUUCGAAAUUAUACUGCUGAUGAUGGAAAACAAGCUAAAGAUGAUGCUAAAAGAUGUAUUGUUUCUGCAAUUGCUGAUCCAAAAACAUUUUUAUUUGAACCAUUGCUGAGUUUGGCUCCUGUUGUUACUUUACAAAACACUCCUAUUUAUGAAUUGUUAAAUAUAUUUGUGUCUGGUAGUUUAACUAACUACUUAGAUUUUUAUAAAGGCCAUAAAGAUUUAAUUAAAUCAUUAGGACUGGACCACCAAGCAAAUAUUCACAAAAUGAAAUUAUUAACUGUUAUGAGUUUAGCAGAAGAUUCAAGCAUUAUAUCAUUUGAAACAAUUCAACAACAAGUACAAAUAACUUUGGAUCAAGUUGAGCCAUUUUUGCUUGAAUUAUUUGGAACUAAGCUUGUGCGUGGUCGUAUGGAUCAAGCAGCAAAAAAAGUUAAUAUUUCAAGUACAAUGUAUCGAACAUUCAGUAAACAACGUUGGCAAAUGCUUAGAGAUUCAUUCUUUAGUUGGAGAUCAUGUCUUAGUGUUAUUGAAGAAGGAAUGAAAACAGUUGUGUCAAAUUCCCAGUCAUCAAUAUAAAAAAAAAUUUUGUGUAAGAUAUGUCAAAUUAAAUUGACAUUUAUUAUUAAUAUUUAAAUAAAGAAAAAUAAACUAUUUAAUAUUAAUGGAAA